CCCUCAGUCCCGACCCGCAGCCCCUGCCGGUGCCCCUCACUCCCGACCCGCAGCCCUAGUCUCUCCCUGGGAGCCUGGUGACUCAGGUGCCCCCUGUGGCUGCGCUCGGUGCGUGGGGGCAGCAGCAGCUUCGUGACUCCCUGGGGGGGGGGGCGGGAUGGGGGCUGAUGUGGGGGUGGAGAGAGACUUCAACCUGUUACCACCUGGGCCGGGGGGGGGCAGCGCUCCCCCUCCCCCAUGACAGGCCCCCUGCCCCUGAGCCAGCCAGCGCCACCCUGUGGCCAGGUGGGGCCGGUGCUCCCUGGAGGGGCCAGGGCGGCUGGAGGCAGCGGGGAACCCGGAAGCUGCCCCCCCCCCGUCUCCUUUCUGUGUCAGCAGCUGACGCACGGUCCCCCCCGCGCCCCCGCAUCCCGUCACCAUGGCAACCCAUUGUUACCUCCAACGCAGCCGGGGCCGGGGGGGCCCAGCGUAUAUAGGGCCCUGGGCCGGAGCGAAGGCCCCAGCGCUGGGCCGGCCUGGGGAGCCAGGAGCACCCCCUCUUCCUUCCCCAGAGCCCAGCGGAGUGGAGCAGGCACCUGCCAGCUGGCCCCCAUGUACGCCGACGCCUCCACCAUGAACUUCCGGACCCCCGGCUUCUUCCGGCGCAGCGCCCCCCCCGCGGCGAAGCCGGCCCCCGGGGCCCCCCCGGCCUCGGCGCUGGGGGGCAUCGCCCAGAUCUCGCCCUGCCUCUACCUGUGCAGCGGCAACGCGGCCGCCAACCGGCAGCUGGUGGCGGCCCGGGCCGUGACCUGCGUGGUGAACGCCACCCUGGAGAUCCCCAACGCCAACUGGCCCGACAUCGAGUACGUCAAGGUGCCGGUGCCCGACCUGCCCCACGCGCCCCUGGGCCUCUACUUCGACUCGGUGGCCGACCGCAUCCACCAGACGGGCAAGCGCAACGGGCGCACCCUGGUGCACUGCGUGGCGGGCGUGAGCCGCUCGGCCUCGCUCUGCAUCGCCUACCUCAUGAAGUACCAUCGCCUCAGCCUGCUGGACGCCCACCAGUGGGUGCGGAGCCGGCGGCCCGUGGUGCGGCCCAACGCCGGCUUCUGGCGCCAGCUCAUCGAGUACGAGCGGCGGCUCUUCGGCAAGACCACGGUGCACAUGGUGCCCUCGCCGCUCGGGCCGCUGCCCGACGUCUACGAGCCGGAGACCCGCGGCCUGGUGCCCCUCUGGAGCUGCAGAUAGGGGGCCCCGCUCGGCGCCCAGCCGGGGCAGACCCCACGCCAGGGGGCGCCAGAGACGCUAUUUGCCCCUGGAGGAGGGAUUCGGGGGCAGCUGCCCCACCCUGGGACCGGCUCGGCGGGGGGGGCAGAGGUUGUCCCACAAAAGGGCAUUUUCUAACCUCAGAGACUUUGGGGGGGGAGGGGGAGGGGGGCUGGCAGAGUCUGAAGCUGUUGGGGGGGGGGAAGAGUCAUUGAGCAUAACCCCCCCUCCCCCCACAUUGUGUGACUCUUCCCCUGGGUGGCCAUUUUUGUAGGGCCUACCACAAACACCCUGCUAACCCCCUUCCAAUUCACCGCUCCCCCCCCCCCCGGAGAGACGAGAUCUCAGCUGCUACCCCCCAGUGGGGGGCAUAAGUGGGAGGGGGCAAAGUGUGGGGGGGAUCUGCUCUCAGCCUGUCUUCCGCCAGCCCUGUACAUAGCGCCAGAGCUCCAGCUCCGCCCCCACUCCCCUCAAUAAACCCCCUUUCCAUUA